ACGUUUUAUGCUGUAGCCAAAUCAUCUUUUGGAAGAUUCUACUUCCGGCCUUUUCCGACAUAUUUUGGAAGUGUACAGUUCUCAAAUAGAGCUAAGGCCAAUCCGGCGACGUACACUGUUAUACAUUUACAUCAACAACUGAAACUUACAGAAAUAUUACAAUGGCAUCCUCAGACGAACUUGCUUGUGUUUAUGCUGCUCUAAUUCUCGCUGAUGAUCAAGUAGCAAUUACUGGUGACAAAAUCUCCACCAUCCUGAAAGCUGCUGGGGUCUCUGUCGAGCCAUACUGGCCUUCUAUGUUUGCCAAGGCAUUAGAUGGUGUCAAUGUUAAAGAGAUGAUCUCCAACAUCUCUAGUGGUGUAGGAGCUGCACCAGCAGGUGGCGCUGCGCCUGCAGCAGCUGAAGCACCAGCAGAAAAGAAAGCUGCCAAGGAAGAAAAGAAAGAGGAAUCGGAGUCUGAUGAAGACAUGGGAUUUGGUGAGUUUCCUGUCAAAAUUGAUAUGCUACUUACUAACAUAUUCAAGUCCAAUGCUCAAGAGAAAGAGGGUUAUGUUUGUGUGUGAUUUCUCAUUGAGUGAAAUAAUUUCCAAUUUCUAUUUCUACAGACUGCAAUGAUUAGAAUAUUCAUACGACACUCUUUAAAUUUUGAAGUGAUUCUCCAUAGAAUUUCUACUGUUCAUUUCACACAUGAGAUCUCUCUGUAGAUCUCUUUAAAAGAUGAACAACAACAGGGAUCUAAAUAUUAUAGGAAAACCACACAACCUGUUCUAUUUCAAAUUCUCUAUUGAAUUUCCAGGAAAUGAUGCAUCUUUCUCUGUUUUAAUUGGUUAAUGCACAUUCCUGAUAAUUUCUUUUUUAAUAUCCGAGCUGCCUGGUAAAUUUCAUUAAAUUAAUUAUCCAAAUACCAAGAUUGAUCUUCAUUUUCGGAUAUUAAUUAUUUAUGUUGCAUCGGCAGUGUUGUCGUUUGGUGAAUGUCCGAUGAUGAUUUUUUUUUUUACAAGUUUUCUCCCAGUCAAAUGGGCAUUUUAAUUGAGAUCCCUGUUUUGCAUUUGUGAAUUAUUCAGGCCAAGGUUACCAUUUGUUCUAUCAAGUCAUUGUGUUAAAGUUGGAAUACAUCACCAAUUUCGACACUUGCUUAACAUCCCUCUCGAGAAUUUUUAAACUCGUACCAAUGACCAUACAAAGUUUAUUGUGAUCACAAAGUCAAAAGGUGAUGGUGUGGGAGGAGCAAUAUGACAUUAAAUUGUUACCUCUACCUGGUAUUUAAGUGAACUUGAUGGAUUUGAUGCAAAUUAUGAUCACUAAUUACUUUUUUUUAUGUUUUGUAGGUCUCUUUGACUAAGGGAAGACCGUGCUUUAUAUUCUGUAAAAACACAAAAAUCCCAAAUUAAAAAAACCUGCAAAUCCUGA